ACUGAGCUCCCUUUCAGUGCUGUCCCUGUGAAGAGUAAAAAUGUUGAAAAACCACAGAUGUCACACGUUCAAAGUCAAAGUGAUGAGAGCACAGAGGCUGAGCCUGUAGCCAGCAGCUCAACUGUACACAGAACACUGACAGCACAAGCUGAGGGAGAGGAUGAUGGAGGAUCACAACCAGUCAGUAACUCAGGUCCAUGUAGCUAUUUCCAACCAGAUACUAGUGGAAGUUCAGAAAGUUCUGAAACAGAGACUGAUGACAGUUAUGAGUGGAAGCAAGCCAGGGAGAUGUGUUCAGGUUUAUGCUGUAUGACAAACAGUAAAGACUCAGUGACAGAGAGCAGGUGCAACAUUAAGAAGCUAUGUUAUGGCUCUGAAUGUGAUGCAGGAGUUCAUACAGGAGUAAAACUGUUUAGUUGUUCAGAGUGUGGUGAACAAUUUGGAGUUAAAGGCAACCUGAAGAGGCACAUGAGAAUUCACACAGAAGAGAAGCCAUUUAUCUGUUUUGAGUGUGGUGAUAGAUUUGAACAAAGAUGUGACAUGAACAGACACAUGAGAAAUCAUGCAGUUGAGAAACCAUUUUACUGUUCUGUGUGUACUGCAACAUUCAGUCAAAAGAGCAGUUUGAUGACACACAUUAGAAUUCAUUCAGGAAAGAAAACCAUUGACUGUUCUGAGUGUGGUAAAAUAUUUGUACACAGGGGUGAACUGAAUACGCACAUGAGAAGUCAUACAGGAGAAAAACCUUUUCAGUGCUCUGCAUGUGGUGAAAGAUUUGGACACAAGUGCAACCUGAUCACACACAUGAGAAUUCAUUCAGGUGAAAGACCAUUUGGCUGCUCUGAGUGUGGUAAAAGCUUUAGCCAGAAGGGCUCUCUGAAUGUACACAUGAGAAUUCACAGAGGAGAGAAACCAUUUGGCUGUUCUGUGUGUGGCAAAAGAUUUGUAGGGAGAAGCAACCUGAACAGACACAUGAGAAAUCACACAGGAGAGAAACCUCAUGGCUGUUCUGUGUGUGGAAAAACAUUUGGGGGUAAGAGCAAUCUAAAAAGACACAUGAGAAAUCAUACAGAAGAGAAACCAUUUAGCUGUUGUGUGUGUGGUGAAAGAUUUGUGAAAAACAGCAAGCUGAAGGUACACAUGAGAAUUCAUACUGGAGAGAAAACGUGCGUCUGUUCUGAGUGUGGUGAAAGAUUUGGACGAACAACCAACCUUAAAGUACAUAUGAGAAUACAUACAGGAGAGAAACCUUUCAGCUGUUCUGAAUGUGGUAAAACAUUUGGGCAAAAAGUCAGCCUGAACAGGCACAUGAGAAUUCAUGCAGGAGAGAAACGGUACAGUUAUCAGCAAUUAAGGGAACAGUCACCACCCUAUGUGACAGGCGAAAUUGGAAAUGUGAAUGAAGUGAAGGACCGCGGACCAGGCAGCAAGUGGCACAAAGAGCCGCCCAGGAGGUCCACCUCCAGGAUUCAGGUAAGAAUUCUGGGCCUCCCAGAUGACCCUCUCGAUAUCCCAGACAAGAAGAGAUCGUUUUUCGAACUACCGAAAAGACACAAAAGCCCGGAACGACGUGAUAAGUGGCUGGCGGCGAUCAAACGUGUCAAUGCUGAUGGUACACGCUGGAGUCCUUCGAAAUUUUUGACAAUUUGUUCAGAUCAUUUUGUGACGGGCCGACCAGUUAAAGACCAGCUUCACCCAGAUUAUGUACCAUCACUAUUCCCCCAUAAGCCAGCAGUCCAAGAUACAGCAGGCAAACAUCUGAAGCGCUACAAACGUUGCACAUCUUCAUCAUCCAAGCGCCAUUGUGCAAAGCAGUUGGCAUUCAAGGCUGAAACUGGUAGUGGUGGCAGUGAAACUGACAGUGUGCACAGCAAUAGUGACAACCAUCAGCUGGCUCCAACAUCUAGGUCAUUCAGCCCUACAGAUGAGCAGGUUCUACAGCCUCUCCCAAACAUGCAGCAGGUGUUAGAGAGAAAACGAGACAUUUUCCAUGAGCAAAAGAAAUGGAAUCUGAGUCUGGAACCAAAAGGCUCGGAGCGUCCAAACAUUAAACAGGAAUGGGAGGAACUCUGGAGUGAAGAUGAAGAAAAACCACAGUCUUCACAGCUUCUUCAAAGCCAAAGAGGUGAGAGCAACUCAACUGAGCAUAGAAUGCUGAAAAUAGAAGUUCCUGGAGGAUCAGAACCAACCAUGAACUGCAGUCAUUUACAACUAGAUACUGAUGUCAUGCAGCAGUUACAAGAGAAUAAAGAUGUUCUCCAUGAGCAAAAGAAAUGGAACCUGAGUCUGGACCACAAGUUCUCAGAGCGUCCAAACAUCAAACAGGAACGGGAGGAACUCUGGAGUGAUGAUGAAGAAAAGCCACAGUCAUCACAGCUUCAUCAAAGCCAAAGAGAUGCCAGCAACUCGACUGAACACAGGGCACUGAAAACAGAAGGUCACGGAGACGACUGUGGAGGAUCAGAACCAGUCUGCAGCUCGGGUACAUGCAGACAUUUACAACCAGAUGCUGAUGACAUUGAACAGAUGAUGUGGACUAAAGAAGAAAGUUUCCCUGAACAGACGGAGUGGAAUCUGAGUGUUGAUCAGGAGGAGAUGAAAGACAAACAAAAGGAAGUCUGGAUAAGUCAGCAGGGAGAGGAUCUUCACCAGCUGGAUGAGGAUGAUAUCAUUGAGUUCUCUUUCAAUGGUGGACCUGUACUGACUGAAAAUGAUGUUGAAAAGCCACAGUCAUCACAAGCUCAUCACGUCCAAAGUGAUGAGAGCAGACAUCUUGAGCCUGUCGCCAGCAGCUCAACUGUAAACUGCUACAGGUGCUACAGCUCAGAUGUACCACUGACAGAACAAGCUGAAGAGGACUAUGGAGGACCACUAUCACCUAUCAACUUAGGUCCAUGUAGUCCUUUACAACCAGAUACCAGUGGUUGGAGUUCAGACUGUUCUGAGACUGAUGACAGUUAUGACUGGAAACAGACAGAAAACCUUUCAUCAGGUUUUAACUGUAAUUGCUCUGAAUAUGGAAAACCAUGUCAUCACAUAAACCCUUUAAAGCAACAAACAGGAAAGCCAGCAACGGAAAAACAGUUUAAAUGUUCUGAGUGUGGCAGUGGUUUUGGACGAAAGAGCAGCCUGGUCACACACAUGCAAAUUCAUACAGGUCAGAAACAAUUUAGCUGUUGGGAGUGCGGCAACAGAUUUGGAAGAAAGAGCAACUUGAUCAGACACGUGAAAGGUCAUAGAGGACAUAAACCAUUUGCUUGUACUGAGUGUGAUAAAAGAUUUGGACACAAGGCCGAUGUGGUCAAACACAUGCAAAUUCAUACAGGACAGAAACCAUUUAGCUGUCCUGAGUGUGAUAAAAGAUUUGGGAGAAAGUGCCAUCUGAAUACACACAUGAAAAUUCAUACUGGAGAGAAACCAUUUAGAUGUUCUGAAUGUGGUAAAAGAUUUGGAGGAAAGUGCACUCUGAACACGCAUAUGAAAAUUCAUACAGGACAGAAAGCGUUUGCAUGUUCUGACUGUAAUAAAAGAUUUUGUCAGAAGGGAAAUCUAAUCAGACACAUGAAAAUUCAUACAGGUGAGAAACCAUUUGGCUGUUGUGAGUGUGAUAAAAGAUUUAGGAGAAAGAGUCAUCUAAUCACACACAUGAAAAUUCAUAAAGGAGGGGAACCAUCUUUAAGUCAGGUGUGAGAUUUUUCUAGUUUCAGCAGAAUUCUAACCUUUUCCUUUUCAAAAUAUCAUUUCUGACAUCAGCAUCAUAAUGUCAUAGCAAGCAUAACAGGACAAGUUGAAAAUAUUUUAGCUGAAUGACAGAAGUGGGGGUUAAUAAAUUAAUCAAA